CAAAAGUUCAGGUCCAAUAUAACGUAACACACAUAAAGUUGUCAAGUGUAGUCAAAACAAACACAUAUCCCCCUUAUCUUUUUCUUUUCCAUCAUCUGGAAAAGUAAAUUAAAGCUACCUAAACCAUUAAAGCCAACACACAAACAACUCAACAAAAACAUCCUUUCUUUCUUCCACUAAAGACAGCUGCAGACAAAUUAAAAGCAGGUGAAAUUUUCUCCAUCUUGAGGACAUCAGCUGCUUUUUCCUCUGAACCUUUUUAGUUUUUUUUCGGAUUUAUGGAGACUACUCAAUGGACUCAGGAUAUUGGGAUAGUGAAAUCCAUGGCAGCAGAAAUAGCUGCUCCUAAUGUUACGGUGGAAAAGAAAGUGAGGCCAGUUAAGGAUCAAGCAAUAAAUUGUCCAAGAUGUAAUUCAACAAAUACAAAGUUUUGUUACUACAACAACUACAGUUUGACUCAACCAAGAUACUUUUGCAAGACUUGUAGAAGGUAUUGGACUGAAGGUGGAACUCUGAGGAAUGUUCCAGUUGGAGGUGGUUCAAGAAAAAACAACAAAAGGUCAUCCUCCUCCUCUUCUUCUUCUUUAUCGCAAAAGCUUCCCGAUCUGAACCCUAAUCCGAGUUUUUCUCCCCAAAACCCUAAUAAUAAGAUUAUUGCUGGAAAUAGCUGCCAAGAUCUUAACCCCGGGUUCCAAACUGUGUCACACGAUCAUCAUCAGUUCCAUGGUGUGCCUCAGUUUCUUGAAUUACCAAAGAUGGAUAGCAGCAAUAAUGGUAACAAUCAUCUAGGUAGUACACCAAUAUCAGCUUUGGAGCUGCUUAGGAGUGGAAUAGCCUCAAGAGGGUUUACUUCAUUCAUCUCGUCGCCAGCACCACCAGAUUUGAAUACUUUAUACACAUUAGGGUUUCCAUUUCAAGAAUUAAAGCCUAGUGCUGGUAGUAAUGAUCAUGCAGCAGCUGCCUUAAGUUAUUCAAGUGGGGUUCAAGAAAAUGGAGGUGCAAGAAUAAUGUUCCCUCUAGGAGCUGAUCAUCAUCAUCAGAGUAAGGGACAGGAGAAUUCAACUGCUGGAUUUUGGAAUGGAAUGUUAGGUGGAGGAUCCUGGUAAAGUAUUAAGGGAAAGCUAAUGUGCAGAAAUCUCACUUUUAAAUGUUUUUCUUUUUCUUUUUUGGGGGUGUCUUUGUUCUUUCUUUUCACAUGCUUUUGUUACUAUAAUUUGUUUGGUGAUGUUUAGAACUAAGUACUAACAUAGAAGACAUCUAGUUCUGGUGCUAUUUUUCUUAAUUUGCUCUACGAUUACUUUGAGAUUAGGGAAGCUAGCUUGAUUAAAGUCAGCUUCUAGGGUUUCUGUACUAGUACUACUAUAUAUGAUCAUAAUUAACCAUCUUAAUCACCGCCUAUUUUUUAGCU